AUGACGCCUGCUGACACAACGGAACAAACGACUGCCAAGCUGAUCGUGGCUGUGGAUCGCGUCCAAGCCGAUUCCACACAGGUGCGCCGCGACUUGGCUGCCAUUCGAAGCCAGCUCAAUGCUCUCGAUGACUCGAUCCGUACAGCAGCAAAAGGUCCCUUGAACGAGGUUGCUAGAUUGAAGCAACAGAUGGCAGUGCUGGAAGCUUCGAACAAGGUUACCACUCAGGCUAACAUUGCUCUGAAGGCUGAAAACGAGAAGCUCGUCAUUGACAACGAGAGGGCGAGGAACCUCAUCAGUUUUUUGAAGCAGAUGAAAGGGGGUCCAUCGGCUGUCCUGGACAUGCCGACUGUUCGACAAGCCACAUCUAGGACGACUGUCGCCCAGGAUGACGCUCAGGAUGACGCUGAACUCGUCCCCGAGGAACCCUGA